AUGUCGUUGCAAAAUUGUGAUGACACCACGGCAGGUGUCUGUCAUGGUGGACGUCCUGAUCUGACAUUGGGUCUCGAAGACUAUGUCUUGAUCCUCAUACCGGCUGCAUGUUUGCUAUUCAUGGCUCCCAUCAGACUGAGGAGGACAUGGGGACGAAGCCGCAAAGUCAUGUCGCCUACUGUUCUCUGGUGGACCAAGUCACAGGUCUCUUCCAUUUCAUUUGUCGGUCUGAGCCUAGCAGUCCUCAUCAGAGGUUGUUUGCGACCACAUGCACCAUCAGCAGAGAUACCCGCGGAAGUCUUCUCAUUCCUGGCAUCGAUUACAGCUGCCAUUCUAUCACAAUGGGAACACACACGAUCCAUCAGGCCGAGUGCCCUGCUUCAACUCUACCUGAUGGUCGCCCUGGUAGUACAAGCCGUACACCUUCGCUCGCUUUGGCUUCGCAAUGACGACACAACUAUGAGAGGUCUAGGCAUCGGCCAGAUCGUUGCUUGCGCUAUAUUCCUUGCUGUGGAAAGCGUGAGCAAAGAGUCUAUACUGUUACAACGUCAGAAGCGUAGCCCUCAAGACACCAACGAUGUGUUCAGUCAACGGCUUUUCUGGUGGCUGAACAGCACAUUCAAACGAGGAUACACUUCUGUGCUUGCACCUACUGAUCUCGACAAGAUGGACGAGGAUCUGUCAUCCACCGAUCCGCGACGUCGAUUCCGUCUUGAGUGGCGCAGACACACUACAAAGAAUCCCAAGGUCAGCAUGGUCCGUAUCAUCCUCAGCGCUAUCGGAUACGACAUGUUGUUUCCAAUCAUUCCUCGUCUACUGAUGCUCGCAAUACAAUUCUGCCAACCAUAUCUGAUCUUGCGCUUCGUCGACUACAUCGACAAUCCUGCAAAAGGCGGAACAGAAGAGGGUGUAUUGCUUGUGCUUGCCACAGCAAUCGUGUAUAUCGCCAUCGCAACCUUCCAAAGUUGGUACUGGCAGUCGGUCGCGCGUUUCCAGACAAAACUUCGAGGUUGUCUGAUCAGUCUGAUCCAUGAUAAAGCCUUACGUUCUAGAGUUGAUACCAACUCAAAUCCUCUCAUGCUGAUGAAUGUUGAUGUCGAAAAGACACUUACUGGUAUCAGGCCGAUGCACGAGUUCUGGGCCUGCGGUGUCUCAAUUAUCAUCGCUCUUGGACUUCUUUACAGCCAAGUUGGGCUCCCUUUCCUUGCCCCACUCAUAUUGCUUGCGGUUUUCAUUACAGUCUGUUCCCUGAAUGGCAAGAAGAUUGCGCCGAAAUCGAAGCUCUGGCUCGCUGCAACACAGCAGCGUGUCUCCUACAUCACUAGUGUCAUCGGAUCCAUGAAGAACAUCAAAUUACUUGGCGUGGGCCCAUCAGUCCUCGACAAAGGCAACAAACUGCGCGAGAAGGAAGUCCGCGCCCAAAAAGCAAUCCGUCUGUCAGCUAUGAUCAAUCUGGUCAUCUCACUUACCAACUUCCAAGGAGCUACUCUUGUCAUGUAUGGAGCGUUCGCGAUCAAGACUCAUUUUACAGGAGAACCUUUGACUAACGCAACACUCUUCACGUCAUUGGCUGUGCUGAAACUGUUCACCAACCCACUUCUAUUGACUAUUCAGUUUCUACCCAUGCUACUGCAGGUUUUUGCUGCACUUGCCAGGAUUCAAGAAUAUCUCGUCACAAAAGACCACACAGAUGAGCGUACAGUAGAUUCAGAGGCCAUGGCACACGAACGUAAUACUAAGACGGGUAUGUCGGUCUCAGAAAUGCAUGAAAUUGCGCAAGUGCGGGACCUAAGCUGUGGUUUUGCUGGGGACAAGACUAUCUUGAGGAACAUUGAGCUCAAUUUGCCUCGCAACACGCUCAACAUGGUGGUUGGCAGCGUUGGCUCGGGCAAAUCAACUCUGCUCAAAGCUCUCCUAGGCGAAGUCAGUAUCAGUUCUGGCUCUAUAACUGUCGCAGACGACGAGAUUGCGUAUUGCAGCCAAAAUCCUUGGCUCUGGAAUGGCACUAUCAGAGAGAACAUCGUAGGGGCUGACGUCGCCGACGACGCUUGGCUGACAAAGGUAUGCUGGACCUGUGGACUUGAUCAAGACUUCCAGGAGCUUCCAGAUGGUAUCGACACUCGCGUCGGAAACGAUGGCACAAGUCUGAGCGGCGGUCAGAAAAACCGUAUCAGUCUGGCACGAACAGUCUACUCUCGAAGAUCACUAGUUCUACUCGACGACGUACUUUCUGGCCUGGACACUCAAACAGAGCGGCUUGUCUUCAAUCGUGUCCUAGGUCCUCGAGGAAUUCUGCGAAAGCUCGAAGUGACGACCGUCCUCGCCACUCACGCGAUUGGUUGGUUGCGCUACGCUGACACGGUACUCGUGGUUGAGGACGGUAAGCUGGCUUACCAGGGUUCUCCUGACAAAGCUCCUGCAUCGUUCAUACGUGAGCACGCUGGCCGGACCCAUCAGGAGGACGACGAAGAAGAUAUCGACAACGCAAGCCCCGCCGAACUCCCGCUCAAGUCUUCACGAUCGUCCAGUGUUUCUUCUACGACCGUCAAGACUCAGUCCAACUGGCACUUGUACAAGUCCUACUUCAGCUCUUUCAACACGAUCAGUUUCUCUUCCUUUACACUUCUUAUCGUAGCAUUUUCUGUGUUGCAAUGCGUGCAACAGCUCGUAUUGAAGUGGUGGGCGGCCGCCGAAGCAACAAGCUCAUCCGAACUCGGAAAAUGGGUGGGUAUUUUGGCUGCCAUCACUGUGGUCUUUGUCCUCGUUGUUUUCGGGCUUCUCUACCUCGGCUUCAUGUAUCUGUUCCCACAGUCCAGCAUAUAUCUGCACAUCAAGCAGUUCACGGCGCUGGUCAAGAUCCGCUACUCUGCUUGGGGAGGCAAAGAGACUGGAAGUAUAGCCAACAGAUUCAGUCAGGACAUUUCGAUCAUUGACAUGCAGCUGUCUGGUGCUCUGCUCAACGUUAUGGCAGGUAUCACUGAGGUCAUCGCCAUGACGGCUAUCAUUAUUGUGGCUACACCGUUCAUCGCUGCGACUUUGCCGAUUCUUGUGCCUGUCUUCUGGAUUAUCCAGAACAUCUAUCUGCGUACUGGCAAGCAAUUGCGAAUCAUGGAUCUCGAGGCAAAGGCUCCUCUAUGCACGCACUUCCUGGAGACAGUGACUGGUGUUGCAACUAUCAAGACAUUUGGCUGGACCAAAGCGUACAGAGAGAAGAACAAAAGACUGUUGGAGAACAGCCAGACGCCUUAUUAUCUUCUCGAAUCAGUACAAAAUUGGCUCUCUUUGGUUCUGAAUCUUGUAGUCGCCGGUCUGGCAACCGUGACAAUGGCUAUAGUCGUAAAACUAAGGUCGAGCAGUGAUGCUGGUUAUGUUGCUCUAGCAUUGAUCAACAUCAUGGACAUUGGACCUAUUCUCGAGAUGCUCGUAGUAGCCUGGACACAGUUGGAAACCAGUAUGGGGGCCAUUGCUCGCAUGAAAGAGUUCAUCGAGGAUACACCAGAAGAAGAGCAAGGCGAAGUCAACCCUCCUACCGACUGGAUGGCCAAAGGCGACAUCUCCAUCACAAACCUCGAAGCAUCAUACUCCGACACCGCACCAUCCACAAUCAAAGGCAUCAACCUAGACAUCAAGCACGGCCAAAAGAUUGCCAUCUGCGGCCGCACAGGCAGCGGCAAGUCCUCCCUCGCAUCCGCCGUCUUCGGUCUCUUGCACAUCAGCAGCGGCACCCUGAAGAUCGACGGUGUGGACAUCACAACCGUAUCUCAAGAACUGCUGCGCUCAAAGAUGAUCGCGUUACCUCAAGAUCCCUACUUUAGCACCGGUACUGUACGCGAGAAUCUGUCUUUACGCAGCACAGAUACCAAACGCAGCGAUGCAAAAAUGCUAGCUGCACUCUCCCGCGUAGGCCUACUCGCAAAAUUCGAAACCCUAGCUCAAGCAGAAGGCUCGACCUGGAACACACCUCUAGACGUCCAGCUUAACCCCGACGACAUGCUUACAAAAGGGCAAACCCAACUCUUCGCCAUGGCACGCGCGAUUUUGUCCUCUGGCUCUAUCGUGCUGGUUGACGAAGCAACUUCAGGUUUGGAUCAUGAGACCGAAGCUACAGUGCAGAAAUUGCUCAGAGAAGAGUUUGAAGGUAAAACUGUCAUUGCUAUUGCGCAUCACUUGCAGACGAUUGUGGAUUUUGAUGUUGUGGUUGUUUUGGAGGGUGGGAGGGUGGCGGAGAUGGGUGUGCCCGGGGAGUUGAUGAAGAGACAAGGUAGCUUGUUUGGGGAGUUGCUUAGGGCUGCUAGCUAG